AUUCUUUGCUGAGUCGAACAGUUGAGGCCGGGGUCACGAGCAGGUGCCUGCUGACUGCUCCAUGCAGCGGCACCCGCCGUUCACGCGACACAUGCGUGCGCGCACCGGCCUCGUCUAUUUAAGUGGGGACUCUCGUUUGUUUUCUCUUUAUUCCCCGCCUCCCUUUCUAGGUCGAACACUUGAUAUGGCGUUCUCUAUGCUGCACUACAUCCUGUCGGCUCACGGCUCCAUGGAGACUGAGGAGCAACGGUACUUUCAGCCAUGGCGUGAUUACAUGGGUCUCGCGGACACGGUGCGUGCCAUGCGGAGCUCGCGCCUUUCGGAAACCUCUGGUCCAGAACCUCAGCGGGAGUUCCGGUUAACUUCUCACCGCAGCCUCGAUGGUGCGUUCCAGUUCUCGGAGUUUGAGAUGUACGAGCAACUGGAAAAACCGAAAACGCAGAAGGGGCGACUGAAAUCCGGUCGCACCGGGACUACAGGGUUUACACCUCCAUCCCCAAAUGCUGCACCACAGGGGGUCGGUCCUCGCGUUGGGGAGAAGUUCUGCAGGUUCUGCGAACACAACGGCCUUGACUACAUCAGAAAACACUUAGGCUGUCAGGCUGAGAAUCACAUCAGUGAGGGCUCCCAAUCAUCUGAGGAAGAGGACUUCUUUUCCUGCUUGAAGAAGACCAGCCCUCUUGGUUCGACCCAGCAGUUGGAUGCGUACCUGGGGUGCCCAGGAGACACAGUAGAGGUACUGAAGUCCUUCCCAGCUGUGUGCCAGCUAUGGCUUAAACUUAAUACGCCACUCCUGGCCUCAGCAGCCUUUGAAAGACUGUUCAGUGUUGCAGGGCUGAUCUUCAGGCCAAGAAGAGCAUGCAUUGGCUCAAAGAACCUUGAAAACCAGCUGCUUUUGCGGCUGAACAAAGGAUAUUGUAAAGGCCGGGGUCACGAGCAGGUGCCUGCUGAUUGCUCCAUGCAGCGGCACCCGCCGUUCACGCGACACAUGCGUGCGCGCACCGGCCUCGUCUAUUUAAGUGGGGACUCUCGUUUGUUUUCUCUUUAUUCCCCGCCUCCCUUUCUAGGUCGCAAACUUGCUAUGGUGUUUUCUCUGCUGCGCUACAUCCUGUCGGCUCACGGCUCCAUGGAGACUGAGGAGCAGCGGUACUUUCAGCCGUGGCGUGAUUACAUGGGUCUCGCGGACACGGUGCGUGCCAUGCGGAGCUCGCGCCUUUCGGAAACCUCUGGUCCAGAACCUCAGCGGGAGUUCCGGUUAACUUCUCACCGCAGCCUCGAUGGUGCGUUCCAGUUCUCGGAGUUUGAGAUGUACGAGCAACUGGAAAAACCGAAAACGCAGAAGGUGCGACUGAAAUGCGGUCGCACCGGGACUACAGGGUUUACACCUCCAUCCCCAAAUGCUGCACCACAGGGGGUCGGUCCUCGCGCUGGGGAGAAGUUCUGCAGCUUCUGCGCAAACAACGGUGAGUCUGAAGACGUGUACACGUCGCACUGCCUGAAGGGCCGCGGUGGAGAAGUGGUGUGUCCUUACCUGCGCCGGUACGUGUGUCCGCAGUGCGGGGCGACGGGCGACCGCGCGCACACCAAGCGCUUCUGCCCGCUAGUAGACAGAACCUACAGCUCCGUGUACGCUCGGGCUACCCGGUAAUGACCAAAGCCUUGCAUCUCACAUUCAUACACGGUCUCUUUUACCUGUUAUAAUAAUACGAUUUUAGAUUAAACAUUUCACAGGUAGCUACGUAAAUGGUCCUUAAUCAUUGACUGUGUACCUAAAAAAUUUAGUACCAUAUAUUGUAAAGGUAUAAAAAAAGAUGAUAUCAGUAAUAAUGCUGAGAAAACAUAAGGUACAGUUUGGUGUCUGUUUCUGAGACUGUGGGUGCAGAAAUUCGCAAGUGCUUUUAAAAGACAACUUGUUUAUCCAGAAAAGGAUUUUCAGUAAUAUUUUAUUGUAGUUAUCAUGGCUUUGAGCGCUUAGGUUUUGUUGUUUUAAGUGUGAUUUGAACCCAUAACCACACACUGAAUGACCUGCCCUGGGUUUAGAGCUGUAACACCCAGAGUGCCAAGUGUUUGUUUUGCUUUACUAAUUCACUGUGUGCCUAUUUGAAGGAGAAUUGUUAAUUUAUUUCACUGGGUGUUUUUUUUUUGUUUUGUUUUGUUUGUUUGUUUUAAGCUGAUUUCUCUAACAAACUUGUGCUCAGGUCUCUUAGGCUCAUCACAGGUGCAGGUUUCUCCCUGCCUUCAUGAUGGCAGCAUGAACUCCCUUACUGACCACCUGGGGUUCUGGUCCAUUUUAUUGUUUAUAAUUCUAUAAUUCUAACUCAUGUGUUAUGACCUUUUUAAAUGUUUUAGACCAUUUUGGAUUUUAGCUAAUAUUGUUUGUUUUCUUGUACAAAGCAUCAUUGUUUUGUUUAUUUGUUUUUUUAAUGUCCAUCUUUUGGAUUGUGUUGGUAUGGCUGGCAUCUUUGAUGCCUCUGAUUCAUCUGCAGUUUUGUAGCAUGUUGAAUUUAUAAAAAUACAUUUAAACACUUAA